AUUUAGGAAGAUUUAGGAAUGUCUGCGUAGUUUAAGGGAAGAGCGCGUUUUCCUGUGUUUCGCAGAGACUGAGCGGCUCUUUCAGUUCAGCUCAGCGGAGAAUCAAACACGGAAAAGAAGUCGCGAAAUGGCUGAAAUCCUGAAACAGAGACAAACACCGAAAUGCUCAGACUGCGUUUAACUGAGCUGCUAGAAAAGUUUCAUACAAAAUACCCAGAAUAUUCAUACACGUGUUCAUAUCUGAUGGUGGUAGUUUGUCUGAAUUCAGAGCUCGUUACUUGUAAUGUGGAGUUUGUAAGUUUGGCGUCGAUGAAAAGCACAAAAACUGUGAAAGGCGUGUUGAUGUGCAGUAGCGCCGUCUGACCAGCAGGUGUGCAGUAGCGCCGUCUGACCAGCAGUAACUUCAUGGUGGACGCUGUUUACUGAACUGGUGAAAGAUUUUGUCCCAGAAAAUCAGCUGUUUACAGGAUGAAGAGAGCAGAAUCUUCAGAGCCCAGCUGUGGGUCUGUAAAGAGGCACCGGUCCAUGACAGAGCAUAACAGCAGGCAAGGAGGAAUAUCUGACUCGGGACUGAAGGACCACAGAGCAGAAGGUCCAGAGCCCAGCUGUGUGUCUAUGAAGAGCAGCAACUCAAUAUUCAGGCCUCCUAAUCUGCGUCCUGGAGGAACUGGGAUUGAUCCGAGACUGAAGGACCACAGAGCAGAAUCUCCAGAGCCCAGCUGUGUGUCUAUGAAGAGCAGCAACUCAAUAUUCAGGCCUCCUGAUCUGAGCACUGGAGGAACUGGGAUUGACCCGAGCCUGCAGAUAUCCAGAGCAGAAGGUCCAGAGCCCAGCUGUGUGUCUAUGAAGAGCAGCAACUCAAUAUUCAGGCCUCCUGAUCUGAGCACUGGAGGAACUGGGAUUGACCCGAGCCUGCAGAUAUCCAGAGCAGAAUCUCCAGAGCCCAGCUAUGUGUCUAUGAAGAGCAGCAACUCAAUAUUCAGGCCUCCUGAUCUGAGCACUGGAGGAACUGGGAUUGACCCGAGACUGCAGAAGUACAGAGCAGAAUCUCCAGAGCCCAGCUGUGUGUCUAUGAAGAGCAGCAACUCAAUGUUCAGUCCUCCUGAUCUGACCACUGGAGGGACUGGGAUUGACCCAAGGUGGAGGAGGAAUGAUCGAGAUGAUGCCCUGCAAAGAAUCAUAGAGAGACACAAAAGCAGCAUGAAGAAAAAGUAUGAAUGCUUAUUUGAGGGAAUCAAAACACAAGAGAACGAAACCCUCCUGAACAGGAUUUACACACAGCUCUACAUCGUGGAGGGAAAGAGUGAAAGAGUGAAUGAAGAACAUGAGGUUCUACAGAUUGAGAAAACUUUCAGGAAAAUACAAGACACUACAAUCAGCUACUUGGACAUCUUUAAACCUGUAGAAGAUCCUAAAGGAGAAAUGGAAGAACAGAGCAUUAGAGGUGUGAUGGCUAAUACUGCCAGAGAAAAAGAAAGAAGAGAAGAUGAAGAACCAAAACAGCUCCGAACUGUCCUGACUAAAGGCAUCGCUGGCAUUGGGAAAACUGUCACUGUGCAGAAGUUCAUUCUGGACUGGGCUGAAGGAAAAGACAAUCAGGAUGUUGACUUCAUGUUUGUGCUUCCGUUCCGGGAGCUGAAUCUGAUUAAAGAUGACCAGUUCAGUCUUCGUAAACUUCUAUCUGAUUUCCAUCCUGAGCUUAAAGAUCUGGACCCAAAAAAAUAUGAUUCCUACAAAGUUGUGUUUAUCUUUGAUGGACUGGAUGAAAGCAGAAUUCCACUGAGCUUUUCACAGUGUGAGAAAAUAUCUGACAUAACAAUGACCUCAUCAGUGGGGAUGUUGAUGACCAACCUCAUCAGAGGAGAUCUGCUUCCCUCUGCUCACAUCUGGAUAACCACUCGACCAGCAGCAGCCAGUCAGAUCCCUCCUCAGUACAUCAACCGUGUGACAGAAAUUCAGGGAUUCAAUGACCCACAGAAGGAGGAAUACUUCAGGAAGAGAAUCAGUGACCAAGACCAAGCUAAGAGAAUCAUCUCACACAUCAAGAAAGCAAGGAGCCUCCACAUCAUGUGCCACAUUCCAGUCUUCUGCUGGAUCUCAGCCACUGUUCUUCAGCAGAUGAUAAACCAGAGUAAAACAGAAAUGCCCAAAACUCUGACUGAGAUGUACACACACUUCCUGCUGACUCAGAUCAAUAUGAAGAAUGAGAAGCAUGAGCGAAACGUUAAGAGCGAUCCAGUGAAACUUCUGGAGUCCAACAGAGAGAUGAUUCUGAAACUGGCUAAACUGGCUUUCAAACAGCUGAUGAAGGGCAAUGUGAUGUUCUAUGAAGAGGACCUGAGAGAGUGCGGCAUUGAUGUCAAUGAGGCCUCAGUGUACUCUGGGAUAUGCACUGAGAUCUUUAAGGAGGAAUCUGUGGUUUGCCAGAGGAAGGUCUACUGCUUUGUGCAUCUGAGCUUUCAGGAGUUCCUGGCUGCCUUCUAUAUGAUUUACUUUUACAUGAAGAACAACAUGGAGGAAUUGUGGUUUUUUUUGCAAUAUGAUGGCAGUAGUGACAGUUUAUUGAAGGAGCUAUUGAGAGGAGCAGUACGUAAAGCCUUAGAGAGUGAGAAUGGGCACCUGGAUUUUUUCCUCCGUUUUCUGCUGGGCAUCUCACUGGAGUCCAAUCAGAAACUCUUACAGGGUCUAUUGAUGCACACAGAGAGCAGCUCAGAGAGCAUCAGCGAAACAGUACAACACAUCAAACAGCUAAUAAAAACAAAGGAUCUUCCUACUGAGAGAUCCAUCAACCUGUUCCUCUGCCUGACUGAAGUGAAUGACCAGUCUUUCUCCAGAGAGAUUCAGGAGUUUCUAAAAUCACAGAAAAACACAGGAACCAAACUCUCUGCUGCUCACUGCUCAGCAAUAGCUUACAUGCUGCAGUUCUCAGACGAGGUUCUGGAUGAGCUGGGCCCAAAGAGGUUCAACACAUCAGUGGAGGGUUACAGGAGACUGGUUCCAGCUGUGAGCAUCUGCAGAAAGGCUCUUCUAACAGGCUGUAAUCUUGAAAUGAGCCACUGUGAAACCAUCUGCUCGGCUCUGACGUCUGCAGACUCCUCCCUGCAAGAGCUGGACCUCAGUAAUAAUAACCUGCAGGACUCAGUGGAGCUGCUCUCUGUUGGACUGACCAGCUCAAACUGUAAACUCCAGAUAUUGAGACUAUCUGGCUGCAGUCUUGGAGAAGCUGCUUGUGAAAAUCUGAAAUCAGCUCUACUAUCAGAAAACUCCUCCCUGAAAGAGCUGGACCUCAGUAAUAAUGACCUGCAGGACUCAGGAGUGGAGCAGCUCUGUGCUGGACUGAUGAGCUCACACUGUAAACUUCAGAUACUCAGACUGUCUGGCUGCAGUCUUGGAGAAGCUGCUUGUGAAAAUCUGAAAUCAGCUCUAUCAGAAAACUCCUCCCUGAAAGAGCUGGACCUCAGUAAUAAUGACCUGCAGGACUCAGGAGUGGAGCAGCUCUGUGCUGGACUGAAGAGCAGGUGGAGGAGGAAUGAUCGAGAUGAUGCCCUGCAAAGAAUCAUAGAGAAACACAAAAGCAGCAUGAAGAACAAAUAUGAACGCUUAUUUGAUGGAAUCAAAACACAAGAGAACGAAACCCUCCUGAACAGGAUUUACACACAGCUCUACAUCGUGGAGGGAGAGAGUGAAGGAGUGAAUGAAGAACAUGAGGUUCUACAGAUGGAGAAAACUUUCAGGAAACAAUCAGAAGACACACCAAUCAGCUACUUAGACAUCUUUAAACCUGUAGAAGAUCCUAAAGGAGAAAUGGAAGAACAGAACAAUAGAGGUGUGAUGGCUAAUACUGCCAGAGAAAAAGAAAGAAGAGAAGAUGAAGAACCAAAACAGCUCCGAACUGUCCUGACUAAAGGCGUCGCUGGCAUUGGGAAAACUGUCACUGUGCAGAAGUUCAUUCUGGACUGGGCUGAAGGAAAAGCCAAUCAGGAUGUAGAUUUCAUGUUUGUGCUUCCGUUCCGGGAGCUGAAUCUGAUUAAAGAUGACCAGUUCAGUCUUCAUAAACUUCUGUCUGAUUUCCAUCCUGAGCUUAAAGAUCUGGACCCAAAAAAAUAUGAUUCAUACAAAGUUGUGUUUAUCUUUGAUGGACUGGAUGAAAGCAGAAUUCCACUGAGCUUUUCACAGUGUGAGAAAAUAUCUGACAUAACAAUGACCUCCUCAGUGGGGAUGUUGAUGACCAACCUCAUCAGAGGAGAUCUGCUUCCCUCUGCUCACAUCUGGAUAACCACUCGACCAGCAGCAGCCAGUCAGAUCCCUCCUCAGUACAUCAACCGUGUGACAGAAAUUCAGGGAUUCAGUGACCCACAGAAGGAGGAGUACUUCAGGAAGAGAAUCAGUGAUGAAGACCAAGCCAAGAGAAUCAUCUCACACAUUAAGAAAGCAAGGAGCCUCCACAUCAUGUGCCACAUUCCAGUCUUCUGCUGGAUCUCAGCCACUGUUCUUCAGCAGAUGAUAAACCAGAGUAAAACAGAAAUGCCCAAAACUCUGACUGAGAUGUACACACACUUCCUGCUGACUCAGAUCAAUAUGAAGAAUGAGAAGUAUGAGGGAAACGUUAAGAGUGAUCCAGUGAAACUUCUGGAGUCCAACAGAGAGAUGAUUCUGAAACUGGCUAAACUGGCUUUCAAACAGCUGAUGAAGGGCAAUGUGAUGUUCUAUGAAGAGGACCUGAGAGAGUGCGGCAUUGAUGUCAAUGAGGCCUCAGUGUACUCUGGGAUAUGCACUGAGAUCUUUAAGGAGGAAUCUGUGCUUUACCAGAUGAAGGUCUACUGCUUUGUGCAUCUGAGCUUUCAGGAGUUCCUGGCUGCUUUCUAUGUGUUUCACUGCUGUGUGAGCAAGAACAUGGAGGAAUUGUUGGUUUUUUUGCAAUAUGAUGAUGCUGGAAGUGACGAUGGCACUAUGGAAGUAUAUCAGCUUGGUUUUAAUGCCAGUAGUGACAGUGACAUUUUUGAUGACUAUCAGUCUGAUUCUGAUGACUCCAGUAGUGACACUGAAGACGCAGCAUGUUUUGACCCUGAAUUCCCUGAUCUCCUGCAUCAUUUGAGCAGUUCAUUGAUGGCGUUAUUGAGAGGAGCAGUACGUAAAGCCUUAGAGAGUGAGAAUGGGCACCUGGAUCUUUUCCUCCGUUUUCUGCUGGGCAUCUUACUGGAGUCCAAUCAGAAACUCUUACAGGGUCUAUUGAUGCACACAGAGAGCAGCUCAGAGACCAUCAGCAAAACAGUACAACACAUCAAACAGCUAAUAAAAACAAAGGAUCUUCCUACUGAGAGAUCCAUCAACCUGUUCCUCUGCCUGACUGAAGUGAAUGAUCAGUCUCUCUCCAGAGAGAUUCAGGAGUAUCUAAAAUCACAGAAAAACACAGGAGCCAAACUCUCUGCUGCUCACUGCUCAGCAAUAGCUUACAUGCUGCAGUUCUCAGACGAGGUUCUGGAUGAGCUGGGCCCAAAGAGGUUCAACACAUCAGUGGAGGGUUACAGGAGACUGGUUCCAGCUGUGAGCAACUGCAGAAAGGCUCUUCUAACAGGCUGUAAUCUUAAAAUGAGCCACUGUGAAACCGUCUGCUCGGCUCUGACGUCUGCAGACUCCUCCCUGCAAGAGCUGGACCUCAGUAAUAAUAACCUGCAGGACUCAGUGGAGCUGCUCUCUGUUGGACUGACCAGCUCAAACUGUAAACUCCAGAUAUUGAGACUGUCUGGCUGCAGUCUUGGAGAAGCUGCUUGUGAAAAUCUGAAAUCAGCUCUACUAUCAGAAAACUCCUCCCUGAAAGAGCUGGACCUCAGUAAUAAUGACCUGCAGGACUCAGGAGUGGAGCAGCUCUGUGUUGGACUGAAGAGCUCACACUGUAAACUUCAGAUACUCAGACUGUCUCUCUGCAAACUUGGAGAAGAAGCUUGUGAAAAUCUGAAAUCAGCUUUAUUAUCAGAAAACUCCUCCCUGAAAGAGCUGGACCUCAGUAAUAAUGACCUGCAGGACUCAGGAGUGGAGCAGCUCUGUGCUGGACUGAAGAGCUCACACUGUAAACUUCAGAUACUCAGAUUAUCUGGUUGCAUGAUCACACAGGUAGGCUGUUGUUCUCUGGCAUCAGCUCUCAGUUCAAACCGUUCACACCUGAAUGAACUGGAUCUGAUCUACAACCACCCAGGAGAGGAUUCACCAGGAAUGAAGCAGCUUUCUUCUAGACGGGACGAUCCACAAUGUGCACUCAAAACUCUCAGAUUGGAACAUGGAGGAGAGAUGAGAAUCAAACCAGGACUAAAGAAAUAUUCAUUUGAGCUCACCCUGGACCCAAAUACAGCACUCACACAACUCUCUUUCUCUAAUGGGAACAGAAAUGUGAAAAAUUUCUGUAAGCCACAGCCAUGUUCAAAUCCUGAUCAUCCAGAGAGAUUUGAUUGCUGGGGGCAGGUUCUGAGUAGAGAGUGUGUGACUGGACGCUGUUACUGGGAGGCUGAGAGGAUAGAAGGAGAGAUAGAAGUAGCUCUGACAUAUAAAUCAAUCAAGAGGAAAGGAAACAGUGUUCACACAAGGUUUGGACUGAAUGAAAAGUCCUGGGUUCUGUUCUGUUCUGAGGGGCACUGGAUCAGUCACAAAAAUAUUGCCACUGGUAUCCCUUCUCCUCCCUCCCCCUCUAAGAGGAUAGGAGUGUAUGUGGACUGUCCAGCCGGCACUCUGUCCUUCUACAGAGUCUCUGAUGAUCAAACACUGACGCACCUUCACACGUUCAGCACCACAUUCACUGAACCGCUAUACGCUGGGUUUACACUUUAUAAUUACGCCACACUGCAUGUGUGUGAGAUGAAAUAAUCUCCUGUGUGUGUGAGAGUCAGUUUAUAUAAAUUGGUUUAUAUACUUUAUUGAUUGGCGUUUUUCAGUUUUUGGACAUAUAGUAUAUUACAAGUUGAAUACUCCUAAGAUUUGUUGAAGUUGCCUAUUCAAACGUGUAGUUUUGCCAAUCCUAAAUAAAUAAACAUAGGAAUCACAAAACUUGUUUCUAAAAGUUUCUGUCCCCAGGCCAAAUUACAUACUUUGUCAUUUUUAAGUCAAAUAAAUUAAACAGCAUCUCUGCAACAGAAUAUUUUUUAAAAGUAGCAUAGAUGGAUACUAUUGAAAUCAUAUUGAUGUCUCUGCUUGAGUAAAAGUCCAAGAGUAUUUCCCUUCAAAUGUACUUAAGUAUAAAGUAAAAGUACUAAAAGAGUAAUUCUGGCUCUGAUGUCCUGUUAUCAUUUUUAUAACCAGACUGGCUUCAUGAACUCAUUUCAGGUGAAAGUCCUC